AUGGGCCUGUCAGUAAUUCUCGGCGCUGUAUUGGGCGUCAUUCUCGUGUUGAUACUGUACCGGCUAUGCUUGCACCCUCUCGCAGGCAUUCCGGGUCCGAAGUUGGCCGCCGUGUCAGUACUGUAUGAGAUGUACUAUGACCUUGUGAAAGGCGGACGUCUGCCUUGGAAGCUAAGAGAGCUACACGAUGCAUACGGACCAAUUGUCCGCAUCGGACCAAACGAGGUCCAUAUUCGCGAUUCCGGCUUCACACCGCGCUUCUUUUCUUCGGCGAGUUCCAACCGACUGGACAAAUAUGCACCCCACCGACGGCAGCUGGGCAUCACCAAAUCCACGAUCAGCACCGUGCAAUCUGACCUACACCAGCGACGGCGCGAAGCCCUUGCGCCGUUCCUGUCUAGCGCCCGGAUCGGAUCAUAUACCUCCGUUAUUUUAUGCAAGAUCGAAAACAUCGCAUCGCGAUUUGAGAAAUGUCGUCUCUUAGGCGAGGUUGCCGAGUUACGAUUGUUCUUUUUGUACAUGGUUACGGACAUCAUCACAGAAAUCGCAUUCCCUGAAGGGACGAAUCUAUUAGCACAUGAAGAGCUGGACAAGGGAUACUAUACUUUCCAGAAGGCUGGACAGGCAAAGCUCCUCUGGUUCAAGCAUUUCCCCAUCAUAUGGACCCUACUCAAAAACAUGCCACCAUCUUGGCUUUUGAGGAUGGCACCACAGGCAUCCGUUGCGGUACACUGGGAAAUAGCAAACAAACGGCUUGUCAUGGACAUAUUAUCAGGCAACCGCAACGUCGAUAGGCGAACUGUUAUUCAUCACCUAGCUGCGAGCUCGCUUCCUUCGUCUGAGAAGGGCUUCGACCGCAUCUGGGAGGAAUCAACAUCAUUCCUGGGUGCCGGAGGUGAGACGGUUGUGAAUGCUCUCUGCACCACGAUAUUCCACGUACUUAAAGACGAUAAGAUUACCCAGAGACUUGCCGAGGAGGUGAAAGCUGCUGUUCCAGAUCCGUCGCGAAUACCAUCAGCGCAAGUUCUCGCAUCUCUGCCCUAUCUCUCGGCCGUUAUCCAGGAAGGCCAGAGGAAGGCCCUCGGAAUUACCUCUCGAAUUAUCCGCGUGGACAAUAAGUCGUCAAUCUCCUAUGGCUCAUAUGUGCUCCCGCAAGGCACGGCCGUCUCCCUUAGCUCGCUAUUGGAAAACAAUGAUCCUACCAUGUUUCCGAAUCCUGAAGAGUUCAUACCCGAGCGUUGGCUGGAAGGGAGAGCAGAUAGCUCUCUAAAAGAGAUGAAGAAGCAAGUGAUUACAUUUGGCGGUGGUCCGAGGAAGUGCUUAGGCGAGCAUUUAGCCCAGGCAGAGAUACUUUUGGUGCUUACAGUGCUAUUCAGGCGGUUUCGGCUUAGACUAUAUAGGACGAGUGACAUGGACGUGGCUCCUAUGUAUGACUCGCUUCUACCCAAACAGUGGGAAGGAAGCAAAGGACUUCGUGUAACGGUCCCAUAG